AUGUGCUGUGAGCUGAAAGACGAUGCUUGCACAAAUGUUGAUGGCUACUUCUGCCUUGGGCACAAGGACUUUGCAAAGGCGAAAACAUUGAUGGAAAAGCUAGUUUACAUCUAUGCUAUGAAGUUCGAUCUCAAUAAUAAUGCCACACCCAUCAGGAACAGGCCCUACCAGGGUGAACUCCUUGUAUUGUUGAUAUCUAACCAGCUCUUUCAUAGCUCAAGGGCCAUUGGUGUGAAAUUCGCAUCACGCUUUGUCAAAAUUACCAAGAACAAGUCGAAGCAUCCCAAAAUUCUGAUUCCCUUCCUCACACUGGUGGCAACAGUGGUCUAUUCCACUCUUUUAUGGAAGUUGCUUGGUUCUCCAGGGAAGUUCAACUUCUCUGGAAACCAAUUCAGCAAAGUUUACAGCUACCACGUCAAGUCUCUUGAACAGCUGAAGCAUGACACGCCUGGAAAGUUCCAUUAUAUGAUGGCAGAUAUUUAUGAGGCUGCAUAUAAGUUGAAACACAAUGGCAGUACUGGGGAUCACAUUGAGGUGAAUGCCUUCGAACUGCUUGACCUUGAGGGUAUGGAGGAAGACUAG